AUGGAUCGACGAGCUGUGUUUCUUCUCGCCCUCUUCUUCUUCUUCUUCUUCGCCUUCUCUUCUCUCCUGCCUCCUGUUCCCCCGCCCAACCCCCAAUCCGGUCUUCCCUCCACCCCCACCCCUUUCUUAGCGCAACCUCGAGGGUCGCAUGGCUUCCUGAUCUGGGCGAUCGAGACCCAGACCAGUUUUCGUGGUUCAGUGCGGUUCGGUGUUCCAGAGGACCCGCUAAUGCCCCAUUUUUGUCCGCAACUCGCGCGUGGGCCCGGCCCAGCGUCUGGGGCCAGGACACAAGAGACAAAGGGACGCGAGUUGCAGAUGCUUUUUGACGCGAAACAUUGUGCUUCGAACGACACAUUGCUCCGGCUUCUUCUCCUGCUUCUUCUCCUGCUUCUCAUCUACCUUAGCCGGCAGCAGAACUAUGGUGGCUCGUACUUUGAGUUCUCUUGUCCUUCAACACCUUAUACAUCCGGCAAACAUCUCGACCGGUCGUCUUUCCCCGGCACUUCUGAAGCGAGCACCUCGAGGCUGCAGCCCCUGGGCCUCUCCCCUGCCCGGAAAUCAUUCUGGGGUCCCGACUGGACCGCUGCAUCUCUCCGUCAUUGCCGUUGGUUGCACCAGGAACGCCAUACUCAUCGCCGAAGCCCUCGAACUCGAAGACACCCGCCGCCGCCCGGCUUCCCGCAUACGAACUAG